AAAAUCUCAACUGCUCUGAUUGACAGGCAAAAUUCCAACUUUCUCAAACAACAUUCCUCAACGACCAAGAAACGCAUCAUAACUCUCAGCCACCAGGUCACCUCAAAAGACCAACCCUACUUCUCAUACCCCUUCACAAUAAACAUAAAAAGUCAAGAUGUCUUCCGGUGAAGGUCGCGAGUCCCCUGAUCCCGAGACCCAGACCGGGGCUCAGCUCCACGACGCACCUGCCGACGGCCAGGGUGUUACCAACACUGAUAACAAGGCAGAGAACAAUCAGUCUGACCUAGAUAAACUGACAUCAAACCCUAAGGGACCCCUUGAUGAUGCAGUAAAGGAGAAGUUUGGGAAAUCAGAGAAAUAAUGAAGCUUAGGGUGGAGUUGGAAUGAUGGCAUGGAGACUCCUGAGCAGAUAGACCCUCUAUCAUCAUGAGCGUAGAGGUUACAGAGGCUUUAUGCAGACUUAGCAUAAUGAACAAGACACGAAUCUCCUUUAUACCU